AUGGAAAAUGAAUCCAUGAGUGUAAUCAAUGUAGUAAGUCUGGACCCGUUCUAUAUUCCACCACGAGGAAGGUACCCCAUAUUCUUCCUGGGUGUCAUGAUCUAUCUGUUUGCCAUAUUCUGCAACAUGACCUUGCUGGCUCUUAUCAUAUUCGAGAGGAAGUUGCACACUCCCAUGUACUUCAUCCUGUUUAGCUUGCCUCUCAACGACCUGGUGGGCAUAACGGCCAUGCUCCCCAAGGUGCUCUCCGACAUUGUCACAGGAACCAGAAAGGUGCACUACCAGCUGUGUGUGCUGCAGGCUUUCCUCCUCCACAUGUACGGAGGGGGAGUCCUGUUCAUCCUGGCCGCCAUGGCGUUCGACCGCUACAUGGCCAUCUGCAGGCCCCUGAGGUACCGCUCAGUGAUGUCGGUCCGAACCGUAGUGUCCAUCAUCUGUCUGGUGUGGGGCCUGGACUUCGUCCUCAUCCUGUCCCUGUUCGUACUGCAGACCCGGCUGCCCAAGUGCAGGACGGCCGUGAUGAACGUGUUCUGUGACAACCCGUCGCUGCUGAAGCUCUCGUGCGGCAACACCGCGCUCAACAACAUCGUCGGCCUGCUCACCACGGCCGCCAUGCAACUGCUGAGCGUGUCCGUGCAGCUGUUCUCCUACAUCAGGAUCCUGGUCGCGUGCAUCGGGUCCAGGAGGUCCGAGGCCAAGACCAAGGCCAUCAACACUUGCAUGUCCCAACUCAUCAUAUUCUGCAUAUUCGAAAUCGUGGGCACCUUCACCAUUUUAUCCCACAGAUUCAAAAACGUCUCGCCUGACUUGCAAAAGAUAAUGGGCAUGCUGAUAUUCCUUGUCAACCCUAUUCUGAAUCCCAUUGUCUAUGGGCUGAAAACGAGUGAGAUUAAGAACACACUACUGGCACUGGUUAAAAAUAAAAGAACAGGCUGAGGCAGGAUUGAUACGUGUUGAGGUGAAGAAUACACACUUUUUUGGUCAGAUGU